UGUUUAACUAGGCUAUCAACAAAUUAUUAUACAAUUAUGAUUGUUCAUUAAUUCUCGAGUGUAGCUUUUGAAAUGGAUUCCCUUUUAAUUUUGCACAGGAAAAAGGCUCUGAAUAUGAGAGGAUCAUGAUCCUACAGGAACAGAAUGAAGACCUGCAUAACACUUUGCGGCAAACAGUGGUGCGUAUGGAGUGCUUAGGAGCUGAAUUUAUCACUGAACAUCAUCAAUUGGAAUCAGAGCUACAUAGGACUCGUGUGGAACUAAGCAGCAUGAUGGACAAGUUCAUGAGACUUCAGGCUAAUUAUUCUGCCAUUCAGCAGACUGAUGAUUUCCAGGAGGGUGAAACACACUGUAUGGAUGAACGUAUGGAUGCUGAUCGUGAGAAACUGAACCAGCAGAUCUCAGAACUGACAAAACAGCUGUCAGCUGCCAAGACAACCAUUCAGAGCCUGGAGACAAUUAAUGUGACAUCAAUGCUCCAGGAAGCACUUGUAAAGCAUUUUAAAUCAGAUGAUCCCAUCAAGCCAUUCAAGCCAGCUGUUGCACCUCCUCCAUUUCAAUUUAUGGACAGUGACCAUUAUAACAAAGGCUCAGUAGCUGGAGAUGAGCAAUCAUUGGGUCCUGUCCCAGAAGAGGAUGAAUCUGAUUGGUCAGAAAUGGGUGAGGAGGCAAAGCACUAUGCCUUGAGUAGUUUGGAAGGAGGUCAACAUGGUUGUACAGGCUUUUCACCAUGGCAUCAGGAGCAGGGUCGUUGGGUAAAGUCGGAUCAGUACAGAAGGGGAGAUGGAGACACAGAGAGUGAAUCAGGAGGGGAAGAAAUGGCCUACACCCAGCGCCUACAGAUACCCCACCUUCAGUUCAGCAUACACCCAGAGACCUUACCAGUGCCUGUGUCCAGCUUGAAACAGCAUCUGGAUGGCCCUGUAGGAAAGGAAUACCAUAUUCACACUGGACGCCAACUAAGCUCUCCUAUUCGCAUCCUGUCUGCUAGCUUGGAGGGCAUCAACUCCACCGACCUGCAGCAGCUUGAGCAUCAUGGCCAAUUAAAAUGCACCAAAGGUAAGAUGGACUUCCACCAUCCACAACAGGGUGCUGUUGAAGAUUGGACUGAAGAUGAGCUUACUCAUAACUGGAAGAAGGCAAACAAGCAACACACUGGAGAUGGAGAGAAAGGGGCAGGAAGCAGUGGCUCGGAGCCAAUGGCUAAUCUGGAGUCAGCACAGAAGAUGCUUAACCACUUCAUACAGGAGGGAGAGAAGACAAAACUAUGAAACCUAAACUUAAUGUAUUAACCUAAUAAUUAAUAAUUAAUUUAAACACUGAGCAAAUGUGAAUGUGAAUUAGAAUAGUAGAUAUAUUUAUAAAUGGUUUAUAUGAGGUCCCGUUACAAAUUAAGCGGUUUUUAAAGAAAGCCAUGAAAGUCUGAUCAAGGCAGAUAUCUGUGAAUGAGAUGUUAAUGCUAGCCAAAAAAAUUAAUAAUAUAAACUACAGGUAUGGAUGGCAUAACAAAAACAAAAGUAUUUGGUCCAAGUGCAGGUUUAUUGAAGUAAAUGGGAUCAGAGAUGAUAAUCGAUAGAAAAGCCAAGGUCAAAGCCACAUAAUGACAUGAACACUGCAAAAAAUCCAAAGGAGCAAGCCAAACACAGGAACAUGAAAACAAUCCAAGAUUCCAAAUACCAAGACAUCCAAUAUGUGAAAUAAAUGACUCAGAAUUGCAAACAGCAAUGAUGGCAAGACUUCGCAAAGUAUAAGUGGAAAGCUAGAGUCUUUAUAGUGUCAGUGAAUGAGGAAGUAAUUGCAAACAGGUGUGCUAGGUAAACCCGGUGGUGUGGUGUGGAAUUGUCAGAUGAGACCAUGAAAGAUAUUGUAUGAUGGUUAAUUGACUUGUUCCCCCCCUGUCUGGCCAAUUAUUCUAAGGAAUAAUUAAUUCCCUAGAAUCUCUGUUGGAUCCCCUGUGUACUGUGGGACUUUGGAUCCCUUAGGGAAGGGGUAUUCAACUAAAAUUCAUAAAAGUCCAGUUCCUUAAAAUUACUUUCUGGAUCUGGUCUGACUAAACAACUAAUGGUUACUUUUUAAUGUUUAACCAUUACUGAUUUAUUUAUGCUAUAAAUAAGACAAAACAUGUUUUGACUAGCAGCACAGAAAACACGCAAUGCCAUCAGUUCACUAGACCAGCUAGAGUAGCUAAAAUGACCACUGUAGCUAGUCCAUGAUCUCAGGACCUGCAUUCAGCUAAAUAAUUUACAUAAAUACAUGUGAUUGGAUAAGCCACAAUAGAUAGAUCUGUUACAGAAGCGGAGCUGGUUCAUGUUUAGAAAACUGGAGUUGCUGAACUACAGCCAGUUUUUAUAUACGUUUAUCUGCUCUGAUAUUUUUUCAUGUACUCCGUUCUGUCCUCUGAUAUACUUUUCUUGGUCUGUUUACCAGAUGAUGACCACUGCCCUCUUAUAACUAACCCCACCCAUUACAGUUACCACUAAAAUCUGAUCUAAGCAUACCCUCUAAUGACCAGACAAUAAAUACUGCAUAAUUAUAUUUCAAUAUUCAAGAAUUAUAAAUAUGUAGCUACUGUGUUUAGGUUAUUAACUAAUGAGGUAGCUCUAAGCACUCCGUCUGCUGCUCAGAACCACACAAGUUUUGAGUUUGACUUCUGAGUCUGAGUUGUGAGUUAGACUUCUCUAUUCACAGUCAAGGAUAUGUCCACGGGUGACUGGUAGCCCUGCUGAGGUAGAUGCUUUGAUAACUUCUAAAGGCAACAUCAAACAGAAGUGUGGCACUUUGAUUUCACUUGGGUACUAGACAUGGUUGCCCUUAGAAAGCCCUCUUUAACAGCACACACACAUGUAGACUGAGUAGAAAUCCCAAAAAAUCUUUGGUAUGAAUCUCACGCACUGUUUUUUUUUUUAUCUCGGAGAGAAAUUUAUCAGACAUCAGAAGCUGAUUUACAUUCAACAACUGUUUAGGGCUUUAGAAACAGCUUAAAGCAAUGGACUUGAAUUACUUAGUAUGAACUGUAUAUUAUAUAUAAUAUUUGUAGCUCUUAAUGUAAUAAUUUAUUCCCAUUUGUCAUUCUAGGCUCUUGGCACAAUGAAUGAGAUGUAAUAGAGAAAUAAAUAUGUAACAUUUGGUGUUCAUUCAGGUUAUUACUUGAUCUUGUGUAAAGGUUACUUGAAAAUAGAUGUGGAUGCCUCUACCCAUUGAGUAUUUACUUUUAUGUUGUUGUAUAGCGAAAAUCAUAUAGCGAAAAUCAUGUAGCCUAUUAAUGCUUAUUUGUUUGAUUUCUCCAUCAGUGUUUUGAUUUCUCUAACAUAUGUACUGCGUUCUCAAGUUUAUAAUUUCUUUCAAUGUCGAAUUAACACUGGUUUAUAGAAUUCAAGUGUAUGUUUGUACAUCAGUGUGAUUCCUCAGUCUGUGUUGAAUUCACCUUCAAAGUAGUGACAUUAUCUGUAUUAUUCCUGUUCAAUAAUAUAUCUAAUGUAUAUAGUGAACCUGUGCCCACUGUAGCCUCAGAUUUCUGUUCAUGGCUGACAGGAAUGGAACUUCUGCUGUUGGAGCUCAUCCACAACAGCAUUUGAUGUAUUGUUCAUUCUGAGAUGCUUUUCUGUUCACCAUGGUUGUAAAGAGUGAUUAUUUAAGUCACUGCAGCUUUUCUGUCAGCUGGAACAGCCUGGCCAUUCUCUCUCGUCAACAAGUCAUUUCCACCUACAGAACUGCCGCUCAUGGGAUGUUUUUUGUUUUUUGCAUCAAUCUAUGUAAACUCUAGAGACUGUUGUGUGAGAAAAUCCCAGGAGAUCAACGGUUUCUGAAAUUUUUAAACCAGCCAGUCUGGCACGAAAAAAACAUACCACAGACAAAGUCACUGAAAUCCCCUUUAUAAUGUUUAAUGUGAACAUUCAUCAUGUUUAUGCAUUGUUAAAAAAAAAAUCUUAUACACAUUUCAUGUUGUAUACAGUGUUAUAAUUGCAUUUCUCCAGCUAGUGAAAUAUUUCAUAGCAUAACAUACAUAUAUAAGAAAGGAUUUACAUUCAACAUAAUUAUGCUAUUUAUUUACUCAAAUUUACACAUUUAUCCAUGUAUUAUAUAAUUUAUUCCUUUAUAUUGAUUUGUCUUCUGU